UUUACACGUGGUUCGGAAACCACAACCAUGGGCGUAGACCUGGAACAGCCGGCCUACCACGCCAUCCCUGCCGAUCCGCACCACGACCAACCACCCAUCCUCGGCAACGCGCCACCGCCGGCGACUUGCAAAGAAGAAUGGGCCUUUCCAAUCGCAAUACUUGUUUCGCUUGUACUCAUGGUGGUCAUGAUUGGGCCCGUGGAGUACCUAGUGCAGACCAACAUGCCGGCUUUCUCCGUCGCCCUCGCCGGCGGCUACCACGGCAUCGUCGUGGCCCGACCGGCCAGCGUCGUCUCGCCGGCGUUCAACCUCACGCUGCGGAUGACCAAGGCGUGCGCCGACCGCGCCGAGGUGGUCCUCACAUACUCGGGCGUCGCGCUCGGCUGGGCGCGCGUGGAGCCGCGCGGCUGCGUGUCCCGGGAGCCCUGGGGGAGAGACGUCGAGGUGGUGGCCAGGGCCGACGGCGUGGGGCUCUCCAGGCGCCUCCGCGAGCGCAUGGCGGCGGAGUGGCGCCGUUCCGGGCGGGUGGAGCUCGACGCCGACGUGGCGGUCUACAACGAUCGCGGCACGCUGGGCUACUUCGGCGACUAUGCCAGUGACAAGGUGAUGCGCUCUAAGGUGGUGGUCAUGGCGGACGGACUUCGGCUGGAGCCGGAAUCUUGCCCAUGUCAGGGGUACAUCGAUUACAACGACAGAGAAAAAAGGCUGAGAAUACCAGUUAGAGACAGAAAACCAGAACUGAUCCCGAGCUCAGAUGAGCUCCUUUUAUGGACCAACAAUUUGCAGCCAUUUGGUCUUGGGACCUACCUCUGUCAGGAUACUUUAAGUUGCUACGGCAAGUAG